AUGCGUGCCCCCACACUCGUUUUCACCCUCGCUCUUUUCGUCCUCUCCACCACCGCCUCCCGCAGGACAUGCCGAGCCCCGCAGAAGCCCGCGGCCGCGGCCGUCGAGUCCGGGCCGUGCAAAGGCUCUUGCUCUUUUGAAGCCCAGAAGCCCAGUAAGAACCACAAAGGCGCCGCCAAACUACGCAUCUCUGGCAACUCGCAUUCGGUGUCCGAUAUCACCCCCGAGGCGGGCUGGACGAUUCUCUCCUGCAACGCGACGGCCCUAGCGCAAGAGGUGCGCAUCGUGUGCCACAGCCCCGACUGUGCGCAUCUGUUUGAGGGCCACGGCGCGGUGGAUACCGUUGUGAGGCUGCCGGAGGAGUGCGGCGCGAGCCCCUUUGCCCGCAUCGCGGCCAUGAAACGUGACGCCGACCAGACUGUUCCCGCGGAUGUCGAUUUGGACGCGAAAGCCGCGGCAUAUCACGCACACGCCAGCGAUGGGCCCGGAUCAGGCAACCUCACGCACACCGUGUUCCUCGCCAGCAUCGACACCGACUUUGCCGCCGUCAACGCAACCCGAACUGGCCCCAUCGAAUUCUCUAUCGAGGGCUACAACUUCAACGCCUCGGACCUCACACCCACCGCGUCGCUCUCCCACAUCGAACGGCGCGAAAUUCAGCGCCGCGGCUGGUUCAACUUCAACAAGACACGCACCAUCGAUCUUCCACCCCUCAAGAUUGCGCGCAGCUUCCCUCUCCUUUCGGCAUCGCUCGAGUGCAUCGACUAUAGCGUCUCGGCCUCCGCAGGCCUUUCUGCUGACAUUGACACAACGGUCUCCGUCGGAUUCAUCGCCGCGGGAACGGUUAUCCCUCCCAAAAUCACCGAGUUCGCGACGUUCACAGGGUUGAACGGCAAGAUCGGCGGGCGCCUGGAGGUCGAUCUCGCCGCGCGCGGCACUGUUGCAACGGGCAAGAUUCCCUUCUGGUCUACACAUCAGUAA